AUGGCCGGACGCCGCCAACCCAGCCCUGAGAAGCGCCAGCGAGUCGAGGAAGGCAUUAUGCCUGGGGAAAGCGCAUCUAUCUUUUCAGGCCAUCCGCUUGACUUAGGCCAACACAAUACCUUCAGCCCGCUAGGUAGUCACGUCGGCAGUCGCUGGGGCAGCCGGCCUGGUACGGGCGCGUCAUCGCCUCGACGCGGCAUCAGCCCGUCGCGCGAGACGAUUGCGACGCUGAAGGACGCAUUACCUCCUAUACAGACAGAGCCAUUUGAUGGUGCGCAGCUCCCGGUUAAUAGGGCUAUCAGGGACAAGGUGAUGGCCGCCAUGGAGCGGCUCGAGCCGGGGCGGGUCGAUGGCUGGGUGCCGCGAUGCCUCCAGGAAGCCAUCAUAUCCGACAACGCACUCGGCGUUCAGACCUUCGAUCGACAUGCCUUUAUCGACUCCCCUCGCAACCUCUCCGAGUGCGAUCUACCUCUCCGCGAGGAGCUACAAUACACACUAAAAAAGGUCAAGCAGAUAUACCAGCGCGCGAGGACGUGCAAGACGAGGGGGCGCGAUGAGAAUGCCUGGUGUCAGGUCGUGAUCCAGCCGCUGGUGGAGCUGGCACUGGAGCUCGCCGGUAAUGGCAAGUUGCUGCUGCAAAGCGUACAAACCCAGGCCAUUGAACCCGGCUACCUCUCCACUGACUCCAAAACUGGACGGCGCCUUGACCAAAAGGCCGACUUCACCCUCUCGUACUCGCACGAAGCGUCUGACCUUGCCGCUCUCUACGCCCGCUUACCGCCUCGGAACUCCGCCGUCAGUCAUGUGUCGGACGCUUUCACUAAGACGACUGCCCUCUUCAGCGGCAUUGAGGCUAAGCCCGCGGAUGGCGACAAGUCGGAGGCAGAAUACCAGAUCAGCAUAUGGAUGGGCGCAAGCCUGCUCAAGAAGGCAGAGCUUGCUCGGAUGGCUGGCCUGUCAGACAUCACGUCGGCACUCAUCGAGCCCGCCUUCGUGGUAGUAGGCCAUGAAUGGUACUUCUACCUCGUGUACCUGCAACCCACUGGCGCGGUUCAUGUGCUUGAACACGGCUCCUGCUCAACCAACAGCGUUUCAGGGGUGUUCAAGAUCCUUAGGGUAUUGAGGAAUGUGGUCGAGUAUGGGCUGGAGGGUUUCGAAGGGGGACUGGAAGCGAAGGUUGGAUACUGGGGUGGCUUCUUGGGACCGGUGCUCGAGAAACUGGCUGCUGGGGAGGAAAGGGCAACGGGGAAUGUAAGUGCUGCGACCCCUGGAGACGAGGUCACAUGGAUAGGAAGUACCGCGGCGUCGCAUGUUACUAUUUGA